GCUUGGAAGGGCUGCCCCCCGAGCGACUUGACCACACACAAGAUGAUCCUCACGUACUGCGCCGUCUGCGCCACCGACCUUGGCUUAACCAGGGGCAAGAAAUGCGGCCGCUGCAGCACGCGCUACUGCGGGGCAGCCUGCCAGGUGCAGCACUGGCAAGAGCGCGGCCACGACCAGCUCUGUAAGAAGAUUAAAAGGGCUGGUGGCGCUGAGCAGUACUAUGCAAAUAACAAGUACUCGGAGGCAGUCGCGGUCGCGGCGGAGGCGUGCGCCGAGGACACGAAGGGUCAGACGUGCUACAUCUGCACGCAGGCCUUGCAUUGGAAAACGAAGGAAGGCCUCGUGCGCGGGUGCUCGUGCCGCGGGACGGCGGGCUUCGCGCACGUGUCGUGCUUGGCGGAGGAGGCGAAGAUUUUGUGGGACGAGGCCGAGGAGAACAAUUUGGACGGCAAAGCGUUGCAGGAGAGGUGGAAUCGGUGGCGCGCGUGUAGCCUGUGCGAGCAACACUACCACGGCGUCGUUUCGUGCGCGCUCGGGUGGGCCUGCUGGAAGACGUACGUGGGGCGGCCGGAGACGGCCGUGGCUCGGAGACUUGCGAUGGAGAAUCUUGGGAGCGGUCUGUCCGCUGCGGGACACAACGGGGACGCGUUGUCCGUGAGAGAGGCCGAGUUUUCUAUGCGGCGGCGCAUCGGCGAGUCAGAAGGCAGCAUGCUUGCCGUGCAGGGCAAUCUUGCGGGCGCGUAUGAAGCGCUUGGACGGCUCGAAGAGGUCCUGUCGAUGCGGCGAGACGUAUAUUCUGGCUGGUUGAGGCUCAAAGGCGAGGAACAUGAAACGACUCUCUUAGAAGCCAGCAACCUCGCGUGCUCCCUUGAUCGUCUAGAGCGCUUCGAAGAAGCUAGGUCUCUGUUGCGCAAGACGAUGCCAGUGGCGCGACGCGUUCUCGGAGAAAGUGAUAGUACCACGCUCAGGAUGCGGUGGAAUUACGCUGUGGCGCUCUACAGAGACCCCGACGCCUCACUCGACGAUAUCCGCGAGGCCGUGGAGACGAUCGAGGAAGCGGAGCGGGCCGCAAGGCGCGUGCUCGGUGGCGGACAUCCGACCGCUAUGGGGAUGGAACAAUCCCUGCGACAUGCGCGAGCCGUGCUCAGCGACCGCGCCAAGAAGGAGAAACUUAUGGAAGAACUCGAUGUUACUGCGGAAGUCUUCGAUAAGGUUGCUAGAUUUGCAACGAAGACACACCGGGUGAGUGUUUUAGGGACCACGGUCGAGGCGACGUAUGGCGACCUCGAGUCCACCCGCAAGGCGCUGGAGGCGUUGCCGCCGGGGGAUGCUUAA